CCAAAAAGAUUACACAAGAAGGAUUCCUGUCUUGGGAGUCCGGAUUUGCUGAAGUCGGCGUUCCAUGGUUCACCACCUUUGCUUACGCUGAACCCUAACUACUAAUGAAUUUGAUCGAACCAAGUUCCGUCUGAUAAAGCCCUCUCUCUCUCUCUCUCUCUCUCUCUAGCGGGCAGCGGUUAUGUAGACACAAAGAUGAGAACUAUGAAUGGCGCGAGAGGCGGUUGGGCAGGAAUUUCAAACCGAUUCAGGCUCCUUUACAAGAAACCCUUUUGCACAAACAACAAACCCACCGCCCCAUCUAACAACAUCAACAAAGGAGGGAGUGAACAGGCUGAUGGGUCGUUGAGCACUUACGACGAAGCGUAUCGGCAGCUGGACAAGCUCGAUUUCAUGACCGCCGCGAAAAUUCUCUUCUCUACUCCCCCAAAGAAGAGGAAAUUCGGGUACUAAACGCUUGUCUUGGAUCCUAUGUUUGCAUUUUGCAAGAUCGAUUUCCAUCUGGUACAAUUCUUCUUUGCCUGCAUGCCUUCACUGGCUGUGUAUUUGGUGGCUCAAUAUGCUCGCUAUGAAAUGAGAAGAAUGGAGGCAGAACUGGAGGUAAAAAAGAAAGCGGAAGAAGAAAAGAAAGCUGAAGAAGAAGCGAAAGCAAAAGAGGUUGAACUAAAUUCCUCUGAGGGAAGGGAAUUGGGAUCUGAUCGGGAGCUUUUGCAAGUAAAAGUGAGACUGGAUAAACUGGAAGAGACUUUGAAAGAAAUCGUUGUUGAAUCAAAGAAACAACAGGAUAGCACCUCAACUAAAAACCAGGAAGAUGGUAGCCAAAAAAUACAUCAUACUGCAACCGACCUCACCAGCAGCUCGAAUAGAUCAGAAGCAAGCAAUUCCACAGGCAAAGACCGUUUCAGUAAACAGAAAUCUGAGAAUGUGGCACCAAACUCAAGCCCAGAAAAUGUUAGUGGCUCAGCAGCACCAAUUUCUGAUGCCUCCCAGCGUGAUUUACGAGGGUCCAAAAAUACAGGGGGUGCAAAGAAAUGAAAUAGCUUUAUAGUGCAUGAGAUAAUUUUGUAUGGGAGGUUUUUCGUGAUGUUCAAUGUUAAGUGGGGGCAUGAGUGUUGGACUGGUACAGUAGGCGGCCUGUAUGGCUCAGUUACCCCUUGGUUGAUUUCUGACGGGCAAAAAUAUUCAUGCUUCGACAUUUUUUUCCAUGUUUGAGAUUGUCAUCUCUUCAAUUUUUCAGUGCAUGGAAAGUUGCAACCAAGACCAAAUCUUUUGUGAUAAAAUGGGAGUGAAUUCUUCAUUAGAAAACAUAUGAAUAGGUCACACCGGCUUUGCGGCUUUUCGCA